GGACGAGAGAUAGUAAAUGAUCAGGAAGUGGCCAUCAAAUUGGAAGCCUUAAAGAGCCGACAUCCCCAGUUGUACUACGAGUCUAAAUUGUAUAAAAUCUUCCAAGGAGGAGAGGGGGUGCCUAAGCUGUACUGGUACGGACAGGAUGGCGAGUACAAUGUGAUGGUUAUAGAGCUGCUAGGGCCGAGUUUGGAGGAUUUGUUCCAGUUUUCAGAUCGCCAGUUCUCGCUCAAAACCGUGCUGAUGCUAGCGGACCAAAUGAUCUCAAGGAUAGAGUUUGUGCACUCGCGGAAUUUCCUGCACCGCGAUAUAAAACCCGACAACUUCCUCAUGGGCAUGGGGCGUCGGGGGCAUGUGGUAUAUGUGAUUGAUUUUGGGCUGGGCAAACGGUACCGCGACGCGCACAAGCAACACAUGCCGUACAGGGAGAACAAGAGCUUAACGGGCACCGCACGCUACGCCAGUAUCAACACACACGCCGGCAAGGAACAAAGCAGACGAGAUGACUUAGAAUCGCUGGGCUAUGUGUUGAUGUAUUUUCUGAGGGGCAGUUUACCGUGGCAGGGUCUGAAAGCCAACACGCGCAAACAAAAGUACGAGAGAAUAUCCGAGGUCAAGAUGAGUACCUCGGUCGCAACGCUCUGCAAUGGGUUCCCAGCGGAGUUUGAGGAGUACUUCUUAUACGUCCGAGGCCUGCAGUUCAUGGGCGACCCAGACUACCUGUUCUGUCGCAACAUAUUCCGAAAGCUGUUUGCGCGAAAGAACUUUGUGUAUGACUACAUGUUUGACUGGAACUUGACGGUGCAGCGGAAAGAUGUGGCCAACGGAGCACCGCCCCAGGCGAGUGGUGGGGGGGUGUCGAUUGCGGAGCAGAACGCGAACGCUAAUCUGAACAAGUCACACCAGCAGCAGCAGUACCAGACCCAGCCACACACACACCAACAACAAGCACCGCAACAACAACAGCAGCAGCACCAUCAACAGCAUCAGAUGCAACUACAGGCACAGCAACAACCACCGCAACAGCAGAUACCACCACAGCAGCAGCAACAGCAACAGCAGCCGUUGCAGCAGCCGUUGCAGCCCAAGAUGAGUGGCACAGGCACCAGGCAAAUGCAGGGAGGGGGUGGCAGACAACAGCAACAGCCCAUACCGGGCGAGGUGCAGGGCCAGGUGCAGGGCCAGGGCCAGGUGUCCCAAAAUCAGGGGCAGGUGCAGCCCCGAGGGCCGCAUCUGACCCGUUCCCAGUAUAAUUUAAGGCAGGCGCAGCUUAUGAACGAGUCACAACCACAACAACAGCAGAUGAGUGCGGCCCAGGCACACAGCAUGCAGCAUUCUCAGCUGGCACAGCAGCAGCAGCAGCAGAUGCUGCUCAACAAGGAACGCCAGGCCCAGAACCCGCAGAUGCAGCAACAAGACUACUCGUACCGACGAGACUAGGAUAAACCAAAGUUGACACCACGGAUAAAUCAAAGUUGAAAACCCCGAUUACCCCUGUUGGAACCACCUACCGCCGCACGCCGCAAGCCGCACGCAACAUACCACCCACAACUUAGUCAAGUGAAUAACUGCAGUGGUACACACCGUCCGUCGCUGUGUGUCUAACUACCGUUUCCCGCGACACUCGAGCUUAUUUAAGUGUACGCGAACACUUAAGAAAAUUGUAAGUCCGAUUUUCACAAGUACAUAUAAAACGCAUCAAAUAUUGGGCCCGAACCAAG